UCGCAGGUGCAUUUGGGAGCUUUUGUCCACUCGAUCCAUCGCCUCGAGGCGCAGAGCGAUGACAGCGCAGUGAUGGACAACUGGAAAGCUUGCCACAAUCUUGAGUACCUGUUGGUUGGCACCAUCCGAAUUCAAUUGAACUGUAGAAAUUAAAUUUUAUGGGAAUUGCAUUCAACUGCGAGGCGCUUGUAAAUCCAACAGGUGUUAACAUAUUCUUCCCACUACUACGGCGCUGCAGCGCAUGAGGGAAGCAAUCGUAUCUUGAUUCAUAUAUUUCGAUCUCCGCAUUAAUCUCAUUAAUGUCUUCAAAUAAGUUUUGUCAGCUAGGUUGUUAGUGCGUGGAUUUUUGUCUACUAACCUAUAUCUUGGUGAAAGCAGACCCCAUUUUUCCUUUCCUCAAGGAAUGAAUUCUCCACUUCAUCUGCGAAAAAGCCACGGGAAACACCUCCUUCUCCAGAAGGAACUGCUGGCUCUGGGGGUUCCCUCAAGAAGCUUGUCCUUGGGAGUGCGGUUGUCGGUGCUGCUGCUAUGGCAGCUUAUCAAACUGGCUACAUAGACUUUCUUGUCGAGGCCCCUAAGGAUGAACAACCUAGACCUAGUGACCUGAAAGCUGUUGAAACGUUGAAGCAUAUGGAGCAUCGCAAUGAAGGUGUAACUCUUCCAAGUGUGGAAAAUCCGAGUGAGCUGAAACGGAACAGAGAAGAUACUGAGAAAACUGAACAUUAUCAACGUACAGGUGCGGAUGUGAAUCACGGAAGUGGUUCAGAAUUUAAACCUGCUGUAGAGGAUACUGUAACUGCCAAAGAAAAUGAGUUGUCAAAUUUAGCUCAGACUACGACAUCUCCUGGUGAGCAAACAGUUGGUUCCAGAAUAUCGUCUGAAGGCAAUCUCAUUGAGGAUAAAGAUGAAAGUUCUGAGCUUGAACAAAAGAAUCAGCCUGAAAAUUCUAGAGUAGAGGACGGUGUUAUAGACAAUUCAGUUCAAGCAUCUGAAGGAAGUGCUACGCAGGAUGCUGCUUCUCAUCAGGAUAUAACCAUGGAAGUGUCAAAGGAUGCAGUUAAUGAGGAAGGAGAGGCGCCAAAAUCACUUGCCGAUUCGUAUUCGCUAAAUGCAGUUGAAGUUAAUUCUGACUCUUCUGCAAAAAGAGCUAUGACUGAUCCUGUGGUAGUAAUGUUUAACGAAAAAGAGGUUUCUGUGGCUGAAAGUGGAAAAUCCAAGGACAAGAACAAACCAAAUAAUGAUAAAGUAGAAGUUUAUCUUACAGAAGUUAUCCAUGCUGCUGAAGAAAGGCAGGCUAAGAAAGACGCAUACAUCUUCGCUGAAGAAAACCGGAAGUUGAAGGAAAAAUAUGAGAAGGAGUUGAAGGAUGCUAGGGCAAGGGAGCUUAUGUAUGCUGAAGAAGCAGCAAUUCUUGAUAAGGAGUUGAACAAAGAAAAGGUAAAGGCAGCAGCUGCAAUCAAGUCACUCCAGGAAAAAUCUGAACAAAAACUUCAGGAGGAAUUACAGUGCAAGGAAGAAGAGGCUGAUAUACUGCUGAAGAAAGCUCAGGAACUAGCAAAAGCAGAGCUAACUGCAGCCAUUGCAAGUGAGAAAGCAUCUCAGAUAGAAAGAAUUGCUGAAGCAAGCAUGAAUAUAGAUGCCUUGUGCAUGGCGUUCUUUGCGAGGUCUGAAGAAGCUCGUCAGACUCAUUCGGUUCACAAACUUGCUUUGGGAACUCUUGCGUUAGAAGAUGCCCUUUCUAAAGGGAUGCCGAUUAGAGCGGAGGUAGAGACAUUGCACAAGUCUCUUGAAGGCAUUAAUAAAGACUCACUUUUGGAUUUGGUGCUGUCGUCCCUCCCAGAAGACGUAUUAAACUAUGGGACCGAUACACGUAUGCAGUUGAAUCAAAAGUUUGAUUCAUUGAAGGGAACCUUGCGUCAUUUUAGCCUCAUUCCAGCUGGUGGUGGUGGUCUUCUAGCUCAUUCUGUAGCCCAUAUUGCAUCAUCAAUAAAGAUGAGAGAGGAUCAAUCUGGACAUGGCAUUGAGUCAGUAAUCAGUAAAGUCGAAAACUACUUGGUGCAUGGUAAAUUUGCAGAAGCUGCCGAAACUUUAGAAGGAGGCGUACGUGGCAGUGAAGCAGAGGAAGUUAUUGCCGAGUGGGUGAGGCAGGCAAGAAAACGUGCUGUGGUAGAGCAAGCCCUCACUCUGCUUCAAUCGUAUGCUUCUGCCAUCGCCUGUUAGUACUCAUCCCUUGAAUCGUUAUCGGUUCUACUGAGUCCUUGGAUGUUAUUCCCAACUUUUGAUUAACUAUUCGAUAGGAGACUAGGCAAAGUUGUUGUUUUAAGUAGCUCGGAUCAUAUCGAAACCCGAUUAUUCGGUUGAAUAAAUAAAAAGUUUUGUUUACCAUAA